AUGAGCACUCUUGGUUACAGUGGUGACUUCUCGAAUUCCCUUUCCAACUUGUCCAUGUAUACAUUUGCCAAAAGAGGUGUGAGUGGCGAUCCCAUAAUGCCGUUAAAUGUGAAAUAUGUUCUCAUAACUGUCAGGGUGAUUAGUCGUGUUAACGACUCCUUCCGUAUCCGUUCUGCCUCCAGGAUAUCCUCUUCUCGCUCCAAUAUCUGCAUUAAGGCGCUUAUCGCCUUCUCACCUGAGAUGUUUGUGUACAUGGAUUCUACAUCGAAAUUCACCAACAGUUCCGACCCCACCAACUCAAUGUUCUUGAUUCUUUGA